GCCAAAUUUGUGCACUGUGUGCAACGGAAAGCAGCAUUCAAAGUUUUACACUGCCAAAAUCCCUAAAAUUUUUCUUUUUCAGACGCUAUCUUUGCGCUUCUGGAGUCAUAAUAAUUACCCGGUUACAUAGUUUCAACACGAGUAUUAGUGACUAUAAUAGAGAAAUACUAGACCACGCAGAACUGGGCCAUAAUCAGCAGAGUACGUAGCGUACACUCGUGUUCUUCGCUUGAGAACGACAACUCUUACCGGCGGAAGGCUUUACGUGAAAUUGUGUUUUGAUGCAAGAGUGGAGAGUUUCCACAUUACCAUCACAAUGCAGCGGAUGGAUAAUGCAGCUGGUUUGGAUAUUGUGGAGAUCAAUUCACGUGUCCAGCAGGAACGCUUCUACAAAUGCGAAGAACACUUUCUACUCGAAAAACAGGCCUUAAAGGUCAAACUCUGCCUACCCAUGCGCUAUAGAGUGCAAAAGGUCAUAGGAAUGGGAACGUACGGAAUUGUUGUUUUAGCCACCGACACCCAAACCAACGAAAGAGUGGCGAUAAAAAAGUUGACCCGCCCAUUUACGACUGAGAUCGAGGCAAGGCGGACGUUCCGGGAAAUUCAUUUGCUCAGACAUGCCAGACAUCCCAACAUUGUGUCUCUGGUGGACAUUUUCACUCCGCAUAUGACCUGGACAUCGUUCAGCACUUCAAGAGACAGAGAGGAAGUGUACAUUGUCACGAGGUAUGCCGGUCCGACUCUGGCCGAGAUCAUCGAAAAUAAGAGCAUUGCAUGGUCGGCAUUGGAUAAAAAGCUCAUGCUCUACAACAUUUUACGGGGUUUGCAGUUCCUGCAUUCUGUUGGCUUGAUACACCGGGAUCUGAAACCUGCCAACAUUGCGGUUGGUGGUCGCAAUAUGGCUAGUAUCCUCGAUUUUGGACUGGCUCGAGCUGUUCCUGAUGAUUCCGCAUUAACGGGAUACGUUGUUACCAAAGGAUACCGCGCACCGGAACUAAUAUACAACCUUUCGAUAUCGGAAAAUGGUUUGUCGCACUAUACGUCUAAAGUGGACGUGUUUAGCGCCGGAGUGAUUAUGGCGGAAAUGGAACUGCGGAAACCGCUGUUCGACAUUGUUGACAAUCAGAGAGGUUUCAUUCACCUCGCAGCCUUUCUUAACCUGAUGGGAAGGCCAAGCGACGAAUGGCUGGGUACCAUUGCUGAUAUGCCGACCAGGACGGCCAUAGCCAAGUGGAGCGACAGAGUGAAAUCGCCUGAAGAAUUACGUGCACAGUUUGAGCAACAGUUUAUGAAUCUUUCCGAUGAAGGAAUCGACCUUUUAAUACGCAUGCUGGAUGUGGAUCCCCGUCGACGCAUUAGCACGGCGGAAGCGUUAAUGCACCCAUAUUUCGAAGGCCUUCACAAUCAGGACAACGCAAACCUUGCGCACAAUAAUCCCAUUGUGAUUCCUCACGAAGAUAUCCUCCGCACAGCCGAACAAUGGAAAAGAGCAGUUUGGACUGAAAUGCAGAAUUCCGCAACCCAGGGCAAUGGCGGCGCUGUAUAGGAGUGUUUUCGGGGGCUGUGUGUUUAGUGGGAGGGGGAAUGUUACUGAUUAUUUAAUUUUAUCGUAAAUUUAUACCUGAUGUGUGAAAACUGAACACAUACAUAGUACAUACUACUUCCGUCUUUUGGAGUAAUUCUUCCUGCCAUUGUGAAUGUUAACAAAUGGCUGCUCUUAAAAUGUGGCUGGCAGCCUGGCUGUAACUAUAAGGUUGUCGAUAAUAGUGAAGGAUUUUCACCUGUGCUACAUGCAUAAUCUGAUCAUUGUUAUAAGCAAACUGU